UCUUCCUUUUAUAUUCUUCUCUCUUUCACACAUCAAGGACCAAUCAGGACCCCGGAUUUAGCGCUGUCGCUCGCUGCUCGCAGCCAAAUCAAAAUCUCAUGUUUUUUAUUCCCAAUUUGAUUGCUGUUGUGGAUAGGACGCGCGCACGAUUCGAAAAUUAAAUAGGUACGCGAUCGCAAAAUCGAAACAAAAAAUGGGUUUGAAUACUUUUAGCAGUGACUAUGGCAGUGGUAGUUCCAUGAAUUCGUCGACAUCAUGGGGCAGCCAAGAGUUGGAUUGGCAGACAUUCCAGUCACAGCUGAUCACCAAUACUCCCAGGACAAAAGCUGCCAGUUACGCAGACCUUGUAAACGGAAGAUGCACGAUUGAAGAUGUGAUGCAGGAGUUCCGAAUGAAUGGAUCUGACUCUCCAUACAAUCCUGAGGAAGACACGAUUUGGACUCGGAAGACUGAUACUCCAGCCCUGCCAGCAGUAUACACUCGGCAGAAGUCGUGGCCGGCGCCAGAGCGCACUCCCGCGGCGCGCCUGCCGCGCCCCGUCUCCGUGUCCAUACCACUUGCGCCCGCGCCUCAAUCUAUCAAUGAAGCGUCGGAGUACUUCCAGCCUCUGGAAGAUCAGAAGAUCUUGUCGGAAGAGCAGCGGCGCGUGCUGAGUUCGCUGUCUGACGGUGCUGUGUUGACGCUGCUCCGAGAGAUACGACGCAGCAAGCGCCAGCCUGAGGAGUGUCGGUUCUGCAAGAACAACGGAGAGCGCGAGUCGUACUACCGCUCGCACGCGCUGAAGGACGCGGCGGGGCGCGUGGUGUGCCCCGUGCUGCGCGCCUUCGUGUGCCGCCGCUGCGGCGCCCGCGGCGACCACGCGCACACCAUCAAGUACUGCCCGCUCAGCACCAACGAAGAACGAAUGAAAUCAGCUGCAAUGAUGCGUAGCGUGCGCAUGGCUUCUGGCCGUCGUCGCAACGCGCCACUAGCGCUAUCUAUUGGCGGGGUGGAGAACUACGUGUACUUCGGAGAAACCCCAGCGUCUGUCAUACAAGAUACUACCGCAUUCGCCGGAGAGAGGGCGCCACUCGACCCGCUUUGGGCUGCGCUGGAACAGAAAUUGAUGCUUUAGAACGGGUAAUAAAGUUUUGUUUUGUAUUUUUAUGUAAGAAUAAUUUUUAGGAACUUUAUUUUUGUUUCUUGAAUUGUUCAAAAUUAAAUGGCUGGCCAACGUAUUACGCCAAGAUAUUUCGAUAAUAAUAAAUGAGCGCUCAUAAAAAUCCUUUCGUUUAUGUUCCUAAAAAUUAUGUCUUUAAAAAUACGACGGUUACAAUGAUUAUGAAUUUGAAGUCUGAAGAAUUAUUGAUCAGUAUUUUCUAUUGUGUAAUUUAGUCACUAGAUGGCAGCUGUACCAAUGACUAAUUAGUAUAAGUUUUUACGGAUAUCUACGUGAAGUAGACAGAAUAUAUUUGUUCUUAAUAUUGACGAGUAUUGAAUAUGUAAUCGUUAUAAAAUCAUGUAGUUCGUAAUCCAGUUUCUACGUGGGAAGUUUAUUUUUGUUGAUUAUAUUUUUUACAAUAAUACUUGACUAAAAAUCUGUAAUCAAUUAUCUACUCAAAUAUUGCUAUUUUAUAUAUUUAACUGAAACUCGUAUUGCUGUAUAGCACAAUAGAAUGUCCACAACUUCAAAAAAAUGUGACAUGCUUGGAUUUUGCUAAAAUUGAUCAGAUUAUGUUUCAGUUCUGGAUUUCUUCGGGAUAUUACUUAUAUUUAACAUUAUACCAAUAAACGUUACAUUUUUCAUUUUAUAUGUUGUUGCAUUGAAAUGUAAAAUGUGUUAUUACAAUGAAUUUAUACAAAUUAAUUACAUCUUUGCCUAACAUUUUUGUGUAUUAACAACUUAGUUCAUACAAAUUUCCAUAGAUGGCGCUACAAGUUAUAGAAUUUCUACAAAUACAAUAAAAUCAUUUCCGAAAUUGUCCGGUUAAUAAAUUGUCGAAUGAUAAUGAGAAUUAUUCCGUUUAUUACUUUUACGGGCAACUUUUUAUUCGAAUAAAAUGAGUAGUUUUUUUCUACAAAAUGAAAUCCGCAUGUCACUGGUACAAUUUAUUCUAUAAUUAUUAUUAUUGUGUCUGAAACUUUUAUUAUUCCAAUAUAGUAUACAUAAAAUAUCUCUGAGACCAAGAAAAGUGUUACUUUAGAAUGACAUCACCUUGAAGAGAAAAUGUGUUACUUUUUAAUUUCCAAAAUUCAUUUAUUUUUUUUAUUAUAAACUUUAGUAUUUGUAAAAUAUAGGAAUAAUGUUUUUCUAAACUUCUUUAAUAAGAAGUACCUAGUAUCAUUUGUUUCAAGAUAUAUCUAUUUUUGUUGAUUAUUCAAAUAUCUAUUGCCGUUGUGAUUGCUAAAUCAGUUGAAAUUUUACUGGUGUUGGUGACAUAUUGGGAACAAUAAAUAUACUUGAUUGAA